AAGAUAGAUGACGUUGAAACCCUCAAAAACCUCCUCAUGUCUUUGAAUGGUAGAGGCCUAAGGGAGAAAGUUCUACAGAAAUAUCUGGAGAAGAAUUUUGAAACCGUGUGCCAGAGUAGUUUCAAGAUGAAGAAAAAUAGUACUUAUGAAUGCAACGACAACAACGUCGGUGACGUCACACGCCCGGACAAAAAUGUAUUGUGGAAUUUUCAGUCGCAGAAAUCAAUUGAGUUGAAUGUACUGGAGAGUAUUGAAGAUCUCAAAGCCACCAUUUGCUCCGCCAGUCUGCAGAGAGAUGUGGUGGAAAGUGAAGGGGAUCUCAAAAGAGAGGCUAAUGAUGACGAAGAAAACUCCAAAGUUAACGAGAGGACCAACAAAAAAAGGAGAUACAGUAGCGAAAGUGAGAGGAGUAGGAAAAAGAGAGAUAGUGAAGAAGCGGGAGGAAAAACUGUCCUUGAACUUGCCAAAACGAAACUCCUCCACCUAGAGCACAACAUUGAAAGAAGGUACCUGAAACCACCACUGGGAAAAAGCAAGGAAUUAUUAUUGUGGAGGUCUGCUGUCUCAUCAGCUACGUCACCAUCACAGUUGUCCUUAUAUGUCGAACAGCUGAAUAAGUGCAUUGCCUGGGAGAAGUCCAUCAUGAAAGUGUCGUGCCAGAUAUGUUGUAGCGACGACGACGAAGGGCAGCUGCUGCUGUGCGACAUGUGCGACAAGGGCUACCACACCUACUGCAUCAGGCCAAAGUUGCAGAGCAUACCAGAAGGUGAUUGGUACUGUUACGAGUGCAUCUCAAAGCGUCAUCUCUCAAUGAAACGGAUGUUUUACAGCAACAACAACAACAACAACAAAAACAACAACAUGGAUAACAUCAAUUAUGAUAACACUAAUAACAAUGUCAAGUCUGACGGAAAUCUUGGCAACAACAACAACAACAAUGAUACUUGCAGCAAAAUUGAUAGCAACAACAACGGCAACAACAACAUUGAUAACAACAACAUUGAUAGCAGCAACGUAGAUUACAACAACGUUGCAGACUUGAAUGGUGACACAUUAAUGGCGUCGGAUAUGUCCAUUUGUCACACAAUGUUGAACGAACUGAAGAAACACAAUGAUUCCUGGCCAUUCUUGGCUCCUGUCAGCUCCAAGCAGUUUCCAACCUAUAGGAAGGUCAUCAGAUGUCCCAUCGAUUUUCAAACCAUCUCCAAAAGGCUCAAAAAUAAUUUCUACAAAAAUCGCGGCGAGUUUGUGAGCGACAUUCGCCUGGUGUUCAACAACUGCGAAAUUUUCAACGAAGACGAUUCGACGGUUGGUCGCGCUGGGCACUCGCUUCAGAAAUUCUUCGACAAAAGAUGGAUGGGAUUGGUGAAGUCACGCCAUGGUGAUGAUUACGCUGGUGAUGAUGGUGAUAAUGAGUGA